AGACAACUUCAUACUUGAUCCCAAACACAAGUCAAUUUUAUUAUUCACAUUAACGUACAGCGAUGACACAUCUGAUUUCUUUAUACAUACAAAAAACAAACGUACGCGUGUCUUAUUAGAUGUUCUUAACUUAUUUAUCUGCAAGUGCGUUCAAAGAACGAUCGUGUUUUAUGUUUUCGAUGUGAUUUGUGAAGUGACUUCAUUUGAUAAAUUAUGUGUCGUGUAGUUUAUAUAGUUUUGUUGUUUACAGUUGUCGCAAUUACUAAUGUAUCAUCAGGAGAUAACAUCAGAGGAAAACGACAAGUCGACGAAGACAGAUGGGAAUGGGGCUACUUCGACGAACCGAUGAAACCGAGCGAGAAUGCGAGUCUACGAAUAGAAGUUACGACAACAACUACAACGAAACGAGAGGAAGACGAACCAGAACCCAGCUUCUGCCAAACAUACAAUCCUGACAGGCCAAAUUUUAACAAGCCUGGUAGAAGAAUAUGUGAAGCCAAAUGCUACGAGUACAUUUGGAAAUUAAACGUGCGUUUAGAAGAAGAUAAAAGAUUUCAUCAAUGUCUGGACUGGAAGAGAAAAAAAUACCAAAUCCAAUUUGCAAUUGGAGGACAUCCGACUGGGCCAGGUGAUUAUCCUCAUAUGGGUGCUAUAGGAUGGAAGGCAUCAGUAGGCACAUGGGUGUUCAAAUGUGGUAGCUCCCUCAUCAGCGAGAAGUUUGUCCUGACGGCUGCUCACUGCGCGAGAGCAUCCUCAAGGGACUCUUCAAUAGCUGAUCCCGUGCCCAAGAUUGUUAGACUUGGCGAUAAGAAUAUUAUUGAUUCUUUCUACAAAGGUUUGAAGCCAACAGAUCGUAACAUAACCAGGAUAAUUGUCCACCCACAAUUCUCUCCACCGAAGAAGUACUUCGACAUAGCGCUGAUGGAAUUGGACAAAGAGGUGAUAUUCUCGAGGCUUCUCCAACCGGCUUGUCUUUGGACUAACUUUGACACUAGCAAGCUUGGAAAAGAGGCUGUAUUGACUGGCUGGGGCAUUGUAGCAACCGGUUCUCUCAACAUCUCCCCUGAGCUACAGGCAGCGACGGUCGAUAUUCUGGAUUCACAACUAUGUGAUAAUUUCCUCAAAACCUCCUGCAAUAGAAACUGGUGCGGAAUGCAGGACGACCAACUGUGUGCUGGAAAGUUGAAAGGUGGUGUGGAUGCUUGUCAGGGGGAUUCCGGCGGACCUCUACAGGUAAAAAUCCCAUUGCCUACAAAUAAAGAAGGCCAAAUGCACUACGUGUUAGGCGUGAUAUCAUUCGGUAUAGGAUGUGCUUAUCCUAACCUGCCAGGGAUCUACACUAGGGUGUCCACUUUCAUCGAUUGGAUCGAGGACAACGUGUGGGGAAACAGUUAAAAUAAAUUAUUGUGAAAAAUA